AUGAGACGCAAGGAUGCUAAGCUGAAACGAAAGCGCCUGAGAAAUGCACAGGCAAGCGUGAAAAGAAAAAGACUGGAACUGAAAGCUGAAAGGCAAUAUAAGAAUGCAUCGCAGUCUGUUCUUGAAGGAGAUACAUAUAAGCCAAACAUCUGUUUAGAGGCUGAAGAGAACAUAGACAUAGAUGAUAUUGAGCUGGAUGCCCCUGUUGACAAUAUCCAUACACGACCGUUGGUGUUCUUUGAUUUGGAAACGGGGGGUAUAGGACGAACAUCUGAUAUACUCCAAAUUGCAGCAAAGUGCCAAGAAAAGAAGCUCUCAGUUUAUGUUUUGCCGACUCGAUCCAUCAGCAAGGAAGCAUCUGAAGCAACCUGUUUGACCUUUGAUGGAAAUAACCUUUGCUAUAAGGGAGACGCAGUGGCUGCAGUUACUCCAGCCGAAGCACUUACCAAGUUUCUGAUAUCUUUGGAGUCUUUUGACCAUCCAGUUUAA